AUGUGGCAGCGUCGAGUUGGCCCUGUGCUGCUGCUGCCGCUGCUGCUGCAGCACUCUGUUGAGCCGCUGCUGCAGCAGCUGCAGCAGCAAGACAAGGAGCUGCUGCUGCACCGCAGCGCUUCAUCUCAGUCUUUUGCUUUUCUGCUGCUAGAACCCGUAUCUCCUACGCAGCAGCAGCAGCAGCAGCAGCAACAGCAGCAGCAGCAGCAGCAGCAGCAACAGAUGCUUCUGCAGCAGGAGCGAACCCCAAAACGCCCUCAACAGCCGCAGCAGCAGCAACAGCCGCAGCAGCAGCAGCAACAGCCGCAGCAGCAGCAGCCGCAGCAGCAGCCGCAGUCUAUUGUGCCUCGUUUCUUCGGCGCAUGCAUCCUCCUGAGCUGCGCAUAUAUAACAGGGAGAGACAGACUCGUUCGUGUUGCUGCACUGCGUGGUUUGCUGCUGCUGCUGCGGCCUGUGCUGCAGCUGCUUGCUGCAGUACGCAGGGAGCGUGGGGCCCUCCAGCAGCAGCUGCAGCAGCAGCAGCAGCAGCAGCAGCAGCGCGAUUCUGCCCCUGCAGCAGCAGCAGCAGCAGCAGCAACAAUACAGCUAGAAAGAACACUUGCUGCUGCAGCUGAAGGCCUUGAGUCGCUGCUGCUGCCGCGGGUAGAAGUGCUGCUGCAGUCUUUUGCUGCUUCUGCUUCGCUGGGUCGCCCGCAGUGUCUAUGCAGCAGCAGCAGCAGCAGCAGCAGCAGCAGCGGCAGCAGCAGCAGCAUCAAAGGCAACACCGGCAGAAGCACCUGCGAAGACGAGAGCAGCAACAGCAACAGCAGCAGCAGCAACAGCAGCAGCAGCAGCAGCAGCAGCAGCAACGUGGAUGUGCUGGUCUCCAUAAGGCCUUUAUGCGAUACGCUGCUGCUACAGCUUGCUGCUGCUGUUGGGGUGCAGCCGCUGCUGCAGCAGCUGCUGCCGCUGCUGCAGCGGUUCCUCCACCCGCAGGGGGAGCUGCUGCAGCAGAUGGCCCAUCCGCAUGCAGCAGCAGCAGCAGCAGCAACAGCAGCAGCAGAAUCGGCGAGAAUGCAUGAGGCAGAAGCAACAUUGUGGCUGCUGCUGCAGCUCCUGGGCAACCCUGAAGCUAAGCAGCAAACUCCCCCGCUGCUGCAAGAAGCAGCAGUCCAGCUGUUGCUGCUGCAGCAGCAGCAGCCACAGCAGCAGCAGCAGCAGCAGCACCAGCAGCAGCAGCAGCAGCAGCAGCAAGCAUGCACCGAAUGCAGAAUCUUUCCAGGAACUGCUGCUGCUUGGGCUGCCCGUGCUUCGUUUGCUGCUGCUCUCGUGGUGUCGCCUGUACCUGCAAGGCCAGCAGCAGCAGCAGCCAGCAGCAGCAGCAGCAGUAGCAGAAGGGGAGCACUUGUUCCGUCGGCUUGA